UCAUAUAUCCAUCCAGUCGACCUGACCGCUAAACCCUAGCUCGUCCCCCUUCUCGUCUUAAACCUCGCCCCCAGACCCCUGCAGAACGGUCAAUCUAAGCGGCGGCGGCGGCGGCGGCGUGUGGUAACCAUGUCGGAGCUGAAGCGGCUGUCGGAGAGCCGCGACCUGACCCGUAUCGAGCGCAUCGGCGCGCACUCCCACAUCCGGGGGCUGGGCCUGGACUCCUCGCUCGAGGCCCGCGACGCCUCGGAGGGGAUGGUCGGCCAGCUCCCCGCGCGUCGCGCCGCUGGACUCAUCCUCCAGCUCAUCCGCCAGGGGAAGAUCGCCGGCCGCGCCGUCCUCCUCGCGGGGCAGCCAGGGACCGGCAAGACCGCCCUCGCCAUGGGCAUCGCCAAGUCACUCGGCGCGGAGACGCCCUUCGCCUCCGUCGCCGCCUCCGAGCUCUUCUCCCUCGACCUGUCCAAGACCGAGGCGCUCACCCAGGCCUUCCGCCGUGCCAUCGGCGUCCGCAUCAAGGAGGAAGCAGAGAUCAUCGAGGGAGAGGUCGUGGAGAUCUCAAUCGACCGCCCUCUCUCGGCCGCCAGUGGCAGCUCGGGCGCACCUUCAGGUGCUGCCGCUGCCGGGAAGACUGGACGGCUCACGCUGAAGACGACGGACAUGGAGACGGUGUACGAGCUGGGUGGAAAGAUGAUUGAGGCCCUGGGGAAGGAGAAGGUACAGAGCGGGGAUGUGAUUGCGCUCGACAAGGCCUCUGGGAAGGUUACUAAGCUUGGCCGCUCCAUCGGGAGGUCGCGGGAUUAUGACGCUGUUGGUGCACACACCAAGUUCGUCAAGUGCCCCGAGGGCGAGCUCCAGAAGCGCAAGGAGGUUGUGCACUGCGUCACCUUACAUGAAAUUGAUGUCAUCAAUAGCAGGACACAGGGUUUUCUUGCACUUUUCACUGGUGACACUGGUGAAAUUCGUGCAGAGGUUAGAGAGCAGAUCGAUACAAAAGUUGCAGAGUGGAGAGAGGAAGGAAAGGCUGAGAUCGUCCCUGGUGUUCUGUUUAUCGAUGAAGUCCACAUGCUAGAUAUUGAAUGUUUCUCCUUCCUAAACCGUGCUUUGGAGAAUGAUAUGGCUCCAAUCCUGGUUAUUGCAACAAAUCGUGGUAUUACAACCAUACGGGGGACAAACUACCGGUCGCCACAUGGUAUACCAUCUGAUUUCCUUGAUCGCCUCUUGAUCAUCACAACACAGCCAUACACGGAGGAUGAGAUCCGGAAGAUCUUAGACAUCAGGUGUGAAGAAGAGGAUGUUGACAUGUCAGCAGAUGCAAAGGUUUUGCUCACAAAGAUUGGCACAGAGACCUCCCUCAGGUAUGCAAUCCACCUGAUCACUUCUGCUGCUCUAGCUUGCCAGAAGCGCAAGGGUAAGGUGGUGGAGAUGGAAGACAUAAGUCGGGUCUACCAGCUCUUUCUGGAUGUCAAGAGAUCGACGCAGUACCUGAUGGAGUAUCAGAGCCAGUACAUGUUCAGUGAAGUGCAAGGGGAAGCAGAUGGGGAUGACGCCAUGCAGUCUUAGAUGGAUAAUUUUACAACGUAACUCUGGUUGGUUUGUAUGGUUUGUGUAUCUUGGAUAUUCCUUGCUCCUUUAGAUGAUUAGUUUAAAGCCUAUGAUGCUGUUACCUGACAAGCACGCUUGGUGGAUAUAGUGAGCUAUGUUAGCUGUUGUAGGGGAUGACUUCAAAUGUAUCUUAUGAUUUUUGCCCCGGUGCAGUCAUGGCUCGUGUAGUUCUUUGCCCGAGCAUGUGCACCGGCAAAAGUUUAUCCAAACAUCAGCAGAGUAGAACUGGUUGUAUUCUUGCAUAAA